AUGGCAUCAGCAUCGACUGUUCAUCUGUCGAUCGGCAGGCCCCGCCUUGGAAACCGUCACUCCUCCCCAGCAGUGGCGCCUGUACCGGCCUAUGAUGUCAGCAGCCACAGCAAGGAGCACCUCACCAUAGGCACCAUUGGGCACGUCGACCACGGCAAGACCACCCUCACAGCGGCCAUCACGCGGGUGUUGGCCGAGGAGGGCGGCGGCAGUGCGGUGGCGUUUGAUGCGAUAGACAAGGCGCCGGAGGAGCGCGCCCGCGGCAUCACCAUCAACUCAACCUGCGUCGAGUACCAGACCGCGCACCGGCACUACGCGCACGUGGACUGCCCGGGCCACGCUGACUAUGUCAAGAACAUGGUCACCGGUGCUGCGUCGAUGGAUGGGGCGAUCCUGGUGGUGUCGGCAGCGGAUGGGCCGAUGCCACAGACGCGCGAACACAUUUUGCUGGCUCGUCAAGUCGGCGUCAGCAGCCUCGUUUGCUACCUCAACAAGGUUGACCUGGUGGAUGAUGCUGAGCUGCUGGAGGUGGUUGAGUUGGAGUUACGGGACCUGCUCUCCUUCUACGGAUUCCCAGGCGACGACAUCCCCAUCGUCCAGGGAUCGGCGCUCGCCGCUCUGAAGGGAGAGCAGUCGCCGAUCGGUGCGGAAUCAGUGCGGCAGCUGAUGGCGGCAGUCGACAGCAGCGUGCCGGCCCCGGAGCGGCCCAUCGACCUUCCCUUUGCCAUGCCCAUCGAGGACGUGUUCAACAUCCAGGGGAGGGGCACAGUGGUGACUGGGCGGAUUGAAGCGGGCACAGUGAAGGUGGGCGACGAGAUAGAGGUGGUGGGCCUUGCGUCAGGGGGAGUUUCCCGCAAAAGCAUAGUCACCGGCGUCGAGAUGUUCCACCGGGCCAUGACUCAGGCGCAGGCCGGCGACAACGUGGGCCUUCUGCUGCGCGGCAUCCGCAAGGGCGACGUCGAACGCGGCCAGGUGCUGUGCAGCCCCGGCAGCAUGCGCGCGCGCAGCCGCUUUGAGGUGGAGCUGUACGUGCUGAACAAGGAGGAGGGCGGCCGCCACAAGCCCUUCUUCAGCAACUACUCCCCACAAUUUUUCAUCCGCACCGCUGAUGUCACCGGGACGCUGACCCUGCCGGAUGACAUCAGCAUGGCGAUGCCGGGGGACAACGUGCGCGUGACGGUGCAGCUGCAGCAGCCGCUAGCGCUGCAUGCCGGCCUCAGGUUUGCUCUGCGCGAGGGUGGGCGCACCGUUGGAGCAGGCCUGGUCUCCAAGGUUCUGGAGUCGAAGUAA